AUGAUUGAAGUAAAAACGGAAGAUAAUUUUACUAAAUUAUCAAAAAUUCUGGUUCAUAUUAUAAAAUCUUGCAAAAAAGAUUAUCAUGCUGCCGUUAUUAACGAUCGGAUAGAUGAAAGUGUAAGUAGACACUUGGGCAACUUAGAAUCAGUUGCUGUUAAUUUUCAAGAUGAUUUAUUAGUACCGAGUUUUUGGGAUGAUAUAAAUUAUGAUACAGUCAUGUAUAGUAAAGGAAAAAUUGAUUUAUUUAUCGCAACUGUUAAAAAUUCGGCUGAUGAAUUAAACAAAACUAAAUAUGUCUCAUUUUAUAAUAAUAAAUGGUUCGGAUAA